AAUAUUUUGCGCCUAUAGGGAAAUGGCUUGAGGCCCGCAAACACAAAGAAGAAGAGCUGAAACAAACAUACAAUGUAGCAUGUAAACGACAUAUUCUAGUGAACUGCAUAGAGGAACAAUGGACAGAACAACGUUUGAAAAAUCAAUCACGAGUGAUUCGACGGUUGAAGAAAUAUGCAGUACCAACAGAAUAUUUGAAUAUUGAAACAGAAAGGAAACAAAGAAUUAGUAGAGGUAACAGUACAUACAAUGCCAAUACAGAGUGAAAUGCAAGAAGAGCUAAUGGAAAAUAGAUUCGACGUGUCAUUAGAAUGUGCCGAAACAAUACAAUCAGGUCAAAUGAAUAAACGGUUCAAUGAUGAAACGGAAAGGACUCUGAAACGUCUAAAAAUAUUGCAAGAAGAAAAUGAAAAACUCAGUCUCAAAUGUACACAGUUACAUAAUAUUAAUGCGCAACUCACCGAAGACAAUCAGCAUCUAAAAAAAGAGUUAAUUGAAAAAGACAACAAGUUCUUCCAACUUAAUAAGAACAUGGAAAAUGAAGCUGAAAAAAUGCAUAUGAUACGUUGAGUACAGUUUUUACGC